AUGAAAGGGCAGAAAGGAGAGCAGAACAAACUCCUAACAGGAGGAGACUCACUCAUGGCCUAUGAGACAGAGGAUCAGGAGACUCAAUACUGCUUUCCUGCCAUUAACUCAUCAUGUGUCAAGGGGAAACGUUCCAAACAUGAAUAUAAUAUCUUUUACCUAUUUGUAUUGUUACUGUCAGCAUGGACUGUGUUUCUGAACCUGCUGGUGAUCAUCUCCAUCUCUCACUUCAAGAAGCUUCACACUCCAACCAACCUGCUCAUUCUCUCUCUGGCUGUGGCUGAUUUGUUUGUUGGACUUAUUGUGAUACCAACUGAGGGUAUCAAGCAAAUUGAGACAUGUUGGUACUUUGGAGACACUUACUGUGGACUGUUUGUAAUUAUUGUUAGGUUGCUCCUUUCUACAUCUCUUAGUAAUUUAGUUUUAAUUGCUGUUGAUCGUUAUAUGGCUGUGUGUUAUUCCUUACAGUACCCACAAAGAAUAACCAAAACUAAAACCGUAAUAAGCAUCUGUCUUUGUUGGUUUUGUUGUUCAGUUUACAAUAUUUGGUAUGUCAUUGGUAACGGGUAUUUUAGCAUAUCUAACAAAACACUGUGUUAUGGCCAGUGCAUGGUUUUGAUCACUCCAACUUGGAGAUUCAUUGAUUUAAUAUUUUCCUUCCUUUUUCCUUGUACUGUGAUCAUCACUGCAUAUGUGAGGAUAUUUUAUGUCGUGCAAAAGCAAGUGAAGGUUAUAAACUCUCAAAUAAAUGGUGUAAAAUGUGUAGUGGAAGUUUCAAUCAAGAGGAAAUCUGAGAGUAAAGCUGCUCUGACAUUGGGAAUCAUUGUGACAGCUUAUCUGCUUUGCUGGAUUCCUUUCUAUAUUUGUUCUCUAACAAAAAUCACAACGAUCACAUCCACUACUAUGACACUACUAGUAUGGACCUUCCAUUUAAACUCAGGUCUAAAUCCUAUCGUCUAUGCUUUGUUUUACCGCUGGUUUAAAAUAUCCAUUAAACACAUUGUAACGCUCCGAAUAUUUCAGCCAGCAUCCUCUCUAAUGGACAUUUUUACUGAUAGUCAUUCAUGA